AUUAUAAUUCACACAAAUUCUACAUUAGCAUAUUCAACACACAAAAUCGAAGUAGGUUAAAUCUUAUUAAAGAUGGAGAAUCCAAUUUUAUUUUGGGAAAAUUGGGCCAUUUUAAUCAUUUUAUUUCCAAAAUUCAUACACAAGCUUUAAGAGAUUUUUUACUUCCAAAAAAAAAAAAUGGCUUUCUGCAAAACCCCUAUCAAAAUCGAGUUGAUAUAAUUCGUAGAUCGUAGUGAUCGACUCCUCUUCGAAACUCCUUCAAUGGCGAUCUUCAGAUCUUUAAAAACCCUAAUCAGAAAACCCAACAGAGGUCGACCAGCCUUCCUCACUUUUUCUCCCUCCGCCACCCCACACCCCUCCCCGUCUCCCCCACUCUCUCUUUCCUCCGCCCUCCUCCUCACCUACUCUCGCUCUAGGUUCCUCUCUCCUCUAGCCCGAUGGAUGAUGCCCUUCCCCAGCCCCCUCUUCCUCUCUUCUCCGCCCUGGAAGCUCUCUCAGUCCGCCACUCCUCUCUAUGUCCAAUGCGAUGCCUUUCUUCUGCGAAACGUUGACAAGGCUCCGAGUCUGGCGACUUUUCCCAUCAGACUAGGAUUACGCUCGUCAUCCUCUUCCCGCUUGCUCAAUGGGAUCGAACGGAAGUUCAGCGAUGGCGAUGCCGGUGUUAUUGGCAGUGGGUUCGCCUUGAAUUUUGUUAAUUUGCCGAAUUUGAUAUCGAUAAGCCGAAUGGUUUCGGGCCCAUUGAUUGGAUGGAUGAUCACAAAUGAAUAUUAUCUCUCUGCAUUUGUGGGGUUAGCUAUCUCUGGAGCUAGUGACUGGCUUGAUGGAUACAUGGCUAGGAAGAUGAGAAUCAAUUCUGUAAUUGGUUCCUACCUUGAUCCCCUUGCCGACAAGGUCUUAAUUGGAUGUGUUGCUUUGGCAAUGGUACAUGAGAAUCUUUUGCACCCUGGGCUGGUUGGACUCUUUGUUCUGCGAGAUGGUAUCCUCAUUUGUGGUGCACUUUAUAAAAGGGCAAGCAACUUGGGUUGGCUGUGGAAAAGUUGGUUUGAUUUCUUUAACAUUGAUGAGACCAGUGCCCAGAAGAUUGAACCUCUCUUUCUUAGCAAGGUUAAUACAGUAUUCCAACUGGUUUUAGUCGCUGCAGCUCUUCUUCAACCAGAAUUUGGAACACCAGAAACUCAAUCAUUCAUUACCUAUUUGAGCUGGUUAGUGGCCUCAACAACAGUGGCUUCCACUGCAGGCUAUGGCAUGCAACACAUAAGGAAGAGAUAUGUGUCAGUUACUAGGAAUCGCUAAUUUGAAUUUCACAGCAAACCCUUGUGAGUCAGGUUAAAUGCUCAUGGGUUUGAGAUUGACAGUGGGAGCUGGUGUUUUAAAGUUUUUAAAGAAUGCCCACAAAAGGAAGGGAAGGGAAGGGAUAAAGAUGUGGAACUGUUGAAAUCAAGUAAUCAAAAGGAGAGGGUGUGAGGGAAGAGAAAUUUUUGUGGCUGAUGUCACCCUCUCGGCUCUCGGCUCAAUGUAGAGCUGUAGGAGAUGCAGUAGACUUGUAAAUGAAUAUUCUCUGAUUGUGGAGAAGAUGAAUCAGACUGAAUUUAUAUUUGCACUGGGGAUGAAAAGAAGAGAGGCCAGCGAGGAAGACACAGGUAGUGAGUCAAGGGCAUGGGUUGCCAAGGUUUUGAUGGGGGAAGAUUGCCAGAGCUUUGCUUUACAGAACUUAGAAGGCCUAUGGCAUGCUUAAGAAGAUAAAAAAUAAUCACAUCACUGAUCUAACUUCUGUGGCCCUGCACUGUAAAAGUUUUCCAGUAAAUCUGUUCAAAGUCUCUCACUCUCUCCCUCUUGCUGUGUGGGUGGGUCUUCCAUACUGGUUUGCUUGUAUUAAUCACCCGUGGUCUCUAUUUUGAACAUUCUGCAUAAAGCAUAAACUAAAUGCUUUUACACUUACUGAA